GAUGGAUCGUCCUAGAUAUUCGGUUGAUAUGGGUAACCUCGAGCGCAACCGAACGAACGAGCUUGCGAGGAAGAGAUCCCGCAAAGGUAAAUCACAUCUCGGCUCUUCAUCUCAAAGUCAAGAUGAUUUUGAUACGGGUUACGUAAGGAGGGAUGGGGAUGCGAUGACCGACGAACAACUAGAACAAGAAUUGCACCGACAUAAUUCCCGGUUUUUUCAAGACCAACCGAGGACCAUUGACGAAGAAGAGCUCGAGGACGAGGACGACGAUGUGGAGGAAGCAAUUCCGGAGAGCCACAACGACGAGGACGAGGAGGGUGGCGGCAGCCAUGACGCCGACCAAGCAGCCUCAUCCCAAACAGGUACAAAAAAAAGUAAAUCUGAAUUAAUGGCUAAUAAUUUUUCUAAGUGGAAGGACCCGAACACCGGGAAUUGGACCGCAACUUGCAAUUGGUGCAAGAAAAACUAUAGCUUGGGGAUUUCCGGCGGAUACGGAUCCGCCACAAGACACCUUAAGUCCAAACACCCGGUGGAGUAUGCAAAAUUAGGCGGCGGAACGGGGAAGCAAACGCAAAUAUCGAGGUUUGCAAAUAAUCAACAAGCUUUUGGUAAUUUCUCAUACAAUGAUGCACAAAAUUUGACAGGUAUGGCUAACUUACUUGUUGAAGAAAAUUUGCCUUAUUUGUUUUCUGAAAGUCUUGCUUUUCGUGAUUAUGCACAAACUUGUUUAAAUCCGCAAUAUAGAGGUUAUAGUCGCAAAACGGUUAAGAAAGAAAUUUCAAGGCUUUAUGGUGCGGAAAAGGUAAGGUUACAAAAUUAUUUUGCAGACUUUGAUGGACGUGUUACUGUAUGUUCUGACAUAUGGGAGGAUACUUAUCAUAAUUUACAUUAUUUGGGUCUGACUGUACAUUAUAUUGAUAAUGAUUGGCAUAUGCAUAAACGUGUUCUUGCUUUCCGUGAAUUUAAUGAUCGUCACACCGCUGAACAUAUUUAUAUUUUGAUUGAACGUAUUUUAAUUGAGUAUAAUUUAAUUGAUAAGGUGUUUGCUAUUGGUUUUGAUAAUGCUACUAAUAAUACUGCUGCUAUUCCUAGAUUGCGUGAAUUGUGUGGUUCUACUUCUUUGAUGGGUAGAUUUUUUUCAUCAACGAUGUGCAUGUCAUGUUCUAAAUUUAUGUGUGCAAGAUGGUCUAAAAGCGUUGGGAGCAUCGUUGGAGGUAGUCAAGGGGGGGAUUAGACGUAUUUGGGGUAAUGGACACCUUAGGAAAAAAUGGCAUGAUUAUUUGAUAGAAAGAGGUGAGAGAUAUGUGGCUUUUCCAAAAGAUUUGUCUAUUCAUUGGAAUAGUACCUAUAAGUUAAUUGGAGUUCUUCUUAGAUAUAAACAACAUUUUCCUGCUUUUAUGAAACAAUAUGAUAACUAUAUUAUAAACUCGGCUGAGAUCGACACCUGUGAAAAAAUUUGUAAUGCUUUGAUAUAUUUUAAUAAUGCAACUGAAACUUUUAGUCAUGUUUAUAAACCUACCUCAAACCAAUUUAUUCGUGAAGCUGUUAAUCUCGCCG